AUGGAGAGGGAGAGAUCGGGGGUGGCACACUUGUCAGCAGCCUCCCCGAGCACUGGCCAGAUCAUGGCCUUUGACUUGGCCAUCGAGUGGCCGUCGUCAGGGUUGGGGUCGGGGUUGGAGCUGCAGCCGCCGAGCAGCUCAUCUUUGGAGGAAGAUUUGCAAAUAGAGGAGGAGCUAAGGCGUUUGAAUAAACCUGCUGUAAAGACAAUUCAAACCGAGCAUGGAGACACUUACGAUUGCGUGGAUUUCUACAAGCAGCCCGCCUUCGAUCAUCCUUUGCUGAAAAAUCAUUCGUUCCUUUUCAAUUUUGCCGUCGUUCGGACCAAAUUUGAUUCGGGAAGGAGGUACGAUGGAGGGGGAAUGAUCAGCACCAUAGAAAAGCCACCUUGCCAGGGGUCACAAUACAGUGGAGGCCGAAUCAAGAUAUCGAGUGGCGCUGAAUACAUUCAGGCCGGGUGGAUAGUGAAUCCAUCCUUGUACUCGGAUGACAAGACUCAUUUGUUCAUUCUCACCAAGGUGGGCGGGACAGGUUGCUUCAAUACACAGUGUGGAUUCGUUCUCGUGCGCGCGGACCACCCGGUGGAUGCGGUGUUACAGCCUGUCUCUCAAAACCCAAAGCCAGUGUGCACGUAUAAUUUCUUCAUCUAUCGAGAUCCACUUAGUGGAUCGUGGUGGCUAGAGCUCGGUGAAGACUACACGCCGGACAUCCCCAGUCCGCCCAUGGGACGCGCCACCAAGCCGCACGACGAAGCCUCUUGUUGGGACAUGACCACCAUCAACGGGAACCAUGAGACGGAGGCCGCCGAAGACACCGAAACGUAUGUCGACCAGGACAAGUACUAUGGGGUCGUGGACUUAGGCCAUCAGGAUGCCCCACUCCACCGUGUCAUGAAGUAUGGCGGGGCCGGUGGUGCCACCGGCACCUAA